UCUCUCUCUCUCUCUCUCAAAAUUCGGUUAAGAGCCGUUUCCUUCGUUCUUUCCCUCUCCCAAAUCUGAAAUUUUCUUUCCAUUUUCCCUCUGAUUUUCCCUCACUUUCCCUCGGUCCUUCCGUGUUCUCUCCCCCCAACCUUCCCUUCCUCCCUUUCGUCGCGCCGGAUGGAGAUGGCCAUGGAAGAGUCGCGCGCUCGUGAUUCGUGCAUCAUCUUCGAUAUGCUCGCUCAAUUCCUGCGUCCUCGAACGUCCAAGAGUUGCUGGAUACCGGGUAGCUUACGAAUAUGUCCGUUCAGGUGCUUUUAAGCGUCUCCCAAAACUAGGGAUUUCUUUGCGGUUUUCGGUGUUUGCUUUGCUUUGGACCUGGUUCUCCAGCCUAGGGUUUCGUCUCGUUUGGGCUGGGUUUCUCGAGCUACUUGAGAUCUUUCCGAACAUAGGAGGGAUCUUUGGACCAAAAUUCAGGCUAGUAUAGAAGUAGAAAUUGUGGACUUCGGGUUUUGGAGGGAUUUAGAAUGGCUCGUGUAGGCUCUCCCCUUUUGAGGUCAGGGAGGCAUCGGGACUGACUCUGGAUUAUAUAGAGAAGGCGAUUACUUCCAGGCAAGUUUAGCUAUCUUUCUUACAUUUCUACUGCAAAAUCUUGGAUGGAAGGGAGGAGGGCUUUAUCGUUUCCUCGAACAGAUGCUCACAGUUUAAGAGAACAAGCCGCAAGAACAGUUCUUCGCAACGUUAGAUUACAGGGGCACACCUAUGUCGAGCUUCGUGAGGAUAAUGGGAAGUUCAUUUUCUUCUGUACUUUGUGUCUGUCGCCGUGUUAUGGUGAUUCAGUGUUGUUUGAUCACCUCAAGGGGAAUCUCCACAAUGAGAGAUUAGCUACUGCAAAGGUCACGCUCUUAGGACCCAACCCAUGGCCUUUCAAUGAUGGCGUUGUGUUCUUUGAUCAGUCAGCUGAGGAGGAUAAGCCAAUAGACAUUGCAAAUGGCGGUCAAAACAGUUUACUGGAGUUGGACAAGAAUGAAAAUCUUGCCAUUGUUCAAUAUGAUGAAAACUCCAAGCACGCAGCUAAUGGGCAUGAUGGGCUUUAUAAUGCUCACUUGGGUGGUCAAGUUAGUUCUUGUGUAGGGAGUUUGGAUGGUGAUGGAGGAGAUGGCUACCUGUUGAUUCCAGAUGCGUUGGUCAAAGAUGAGAUCUGUGAUUUACAUGCAAAACUGGUGGGUGUCGGACGGAUUGCUGCGAGAUUUCUCGAGAAAGAUGAGGUGCUGAAUGGUAUAAGUAGAAUAUGGUGUGAAUGGUUGGGCAAAGAGAUUCCUGUUGACGAUGAUCCAGUACAGAUUCCAAAGCAUGACUUUGCCAUUGUGACUUUAGGUUACAAUUAUGAUUUAGGUAGGAAAGGGUUGUUUGGCGAUGUAAAGACCUUGCUAUCUUCUAGUCCUUUGCUGGCAUUGGAGGAUGGUGGGAACAACGAUAGGAAAAGGAAGCAAUCUUUUUCUGACCCGGAGGACAUAAGUGACUCUUUAAGUAACCAGUGUGAUUUGUCUGGAGAAUGUUCGUCAGCUUCCAAUGGUUGUUCUCCGAGAUUGAUGUUGGAUAGGUACGACGAUCAGCUUCUGCGUGCUAGAAUUACAUCAAGCAAAGCUGUAAGACGAGAACUGAGACGGCAUCAACGUAUAGCUGCAGAAAGAAUGUGCGAUAUCUGUCAACAAAAGAUGCUACCAGGGAAAGACGUGGCCACACUCAUCAAUAUGAAGACCGGAAAGCUGGCUUGCAGUAGCCGAAACUUGAAUGGGGCAUAUCAUGUUUUUCAUACUUCUUGCCUUAUCUACUGGGUACUUCUCUGCGAAUUUGAGAUAGCUACAAGUCAGUUGGAAAAUCCAAAAGUGAGGAGGAAAUCGAGAAGAAAGAACGGACCUAAGUGCACUAAACCAAGAGAAGAUGCUGACAAGAAAGCUGCACCUGCGCAAAUCCAUUCUGUGUUCUGUCCAGAGUGCCAAGGCACUGGCAUCAUGGUUGAAGGAGACAAUCUGGAAAAUCCAUCUGUCCCUUUAUCGGAGAUGUUCAGGUUUAAAAUUAAAGGGAGCGAUGCACGGAGAGCAUGGAUGAAAAGCCCUCAACAGUUGCAGAAUUGCUCAGUAGGGUUUCAUUUUCCACAGGAUUCAGGAGGGCAGGAAAAGGUGGUGCCCCUGAGGUUGCUGAAUUUCUAUGGAGCCGUUGAUUGUGCCAGUCCGGAACAUUCCCGAGACCUUUGAAAUUGACUUACAGCUUCCCUCUGUUACCGUCUGCUAAAUAGCAAAGCUAGGUUUGUAUUUCACUUUAGGAUAAAAAAAUAGCAGCCUUCAGGUAGAUGUGAUAUAGUGAAUCCACUAGCUUCCCGUCAAUCAAUGUAUAUACUGGUUGUAUGAAUGAAUAACGUAACUGUUGACAUUUAUACAUUGUAAAUGACGAUUAGUGAUUGCACUUUGAUUUGGAAA